UUUAGCCGAGACACUCCAAUGGAGUUUCAGAGGACAUGGGGAAUCGCAUACAAUGUUUUCUGCUGGACCAUAAUACUGGAAUUCUUCUGAAUUAUUUAGCAUUAGAAUCUGAAGAAUUAUUCUGUGUUAAGCUUGGGUAUGCUUAAAAUGUGUGAUGGGGAGUUCUUCUGCUGAAAGUGACUUACAAAACUCUCAUGAAGAAGGAAAACUUUAUGCAGUUGAUUCUUUAAACAACUUAAAUGAACAAAAUCUUUCUGUGGCUCAAUCUCAGCACCAGGCAGUCUGGGAAGAGAACUUAGACAGUUGGAGCUGUUUGACAAUGCAAAAUGGCAUGAGAUGCCAAAGUUGGUUCUUUGUCACAUUGAUCAUAACUUUAAUUGUCAGCUUGGCACUCAUUUCCUUUGUAAUAAUCCUGAUAGUUCACACUGGAGACAAGAUAGAUGAAGUUUCAAGGAAAAUAGUACUAGAAAAGAAGAGCAUUGAUGAUCUUAAGAAAUUAAAUGUCAUGAUUUUACAACACCUUAACCAGACAGAAUUGAUCAAGAAUUUAGGAAACAUCAGCAUAAUGCAAGCAAGGCAACCAAGUCCAGGCUAUUGACUAGAGAAUGCUGAGCUGUUGGAAGCAUCAUGAGAGUGGGUCACUCUUCACAAUAAAAUCCUAAAAUCUUCAACAUAGUUUUUUAUUAAUCAUUCAUUCUGUAGGUUCCAUAACAGAGUGAGUAUGAAAAAGUAGCUUGCUGAAAAUUUGUUUCUGUAACUAUGGACUUUUCUGUAGCAUAAUACAGUUCUAGGUUCUUGCUAAUUCCUAUGGUUAUUGAUAAAUGGAUGGAUAAGAAUGCAAAUGACUGAUUUUGAGGUGCUGCAUCUAGGUCCCACAACUAGGUUACAUGAAUAUGGUGUUAACAUUCUGUAUUAUGAUUCCUAUUUCUAACUGAAUAUAGAGAACAGAAAAAAUAGCACCUGCUCUCGCUAAGACUGCAUAUGUUUGUUGAUGCACAUCAUAAAGUGUCUGCUACAUCUUGUAUUAUAAAACAUGCAAGUGAAUGAAUAUGGGAUUUACUACUUUGCAAAGCACAUUUUCAGUUUUUAAUUAUAAAAGUGAGGGUUUAAGGUGAGACUUGAUACGCAUCUGUAGAAAUGUCAGGCUGACUUACACACAUGUACAUCAUAUGCCUUCUGUAUAUAAGUGUUCCAUGUAUGCCAUGUCACAUUUAAAUACACUUCCUAUGUGUGUUUGCCUAUUAAUAUGUAAUGUUCACAUGCCAACAAUCAGUGGCUUACAGGGCUGCACCACUGGCAUGCUAACACUAUGCACAAUGAGUAACAACCAGAUGUGACUCACAUAUUGUAUAAAUAAGGUUUAAUUUAGAGCAUAAUGAGAAUGCAUUUCAAAAUAAAGCAAAAGUCAUUGUCAAAAUGGUACUGAAACAAACAUUUCUGAAAUCAUGACAACUCAACAGCUGCAAAAAUCAGAUGCUUAGCUCAGAGUCCGGUUCUGGCAUGAUUACAGUUCAUACAUCAUGCCAAAAGGGGAAAGAAUCAACAUUUUACAGGGUGCAGUGAAUCUGAGCUUUACAACAAAAGGUUCACAUACAGACCUGAAUAAUAAACAACUACAUUUAGUUAUCAGAACCAGCUCCAGGGUCUUCAGUUCACGAAUGAAUUUAUAGAAUUUUUAUAUUUCCUAACUUUUUGCUGUCAUCUCUGCUACUUUGCCACUAUUUGAAAAGCACUUCACAAUCCACUGAUUUAAAGUCCUGAAUAGCAAAGAGCUUAAUCCAAAGAAAUCAGACUCACAUCCAUGAAGCUCAUUUAUACUUUUGAAGAACACACAGUUCUGCAAGUAAUAAAUCAAUCAAUAAUUAUGGCUCCUUUUGUUUCCCAAUUGUAUCCUUUUCUUAUCAGUCUUUUGCUCCACUGUACUGUCUUUGAGGAAUAUAGCUUACUUGCAGGGUGACAUCAUUUUUGAGCUUAAAGAAACUGUUUCCCUUAGGAUUCAUAGUAAUUUCUGAAUCAGCUGAAGUUUGGGUUUAGAAUGGAAAAAGGGGAAAUGGCACCACAUUACCACUGCAUUGCAGGGCUAAAAGGAAUCUGAAGGCCAUUUUGUCCAAUUUCUUAAGAUAAGACAAGCAUAGUGUUAUAAACUCUCCUUCCAAGUGGUCAUAAAUUGUUCCUGGGGCUGGGCUACAGGGUUUAAUUUUUUUGGAUGAAAGAAUACUGUGAUGUGGAGUUUUAUGGUAUCUUUUUAUAUGAACAUAUUGGCAACAAACAAGUGCUCUUUCAGCAAGUAGCAAUGCCACUGAUGUUGCAUCAGAUCCCCAGGAAGCAAAUAAACUCUCA